AUGAAGUUCGCGUACCAGUUCUCUAAUUUGUUGGGUACGGUCUAUCGCCAUGGAAAUUUAAAUUUUACACAUGAUGGAAAUUCAGUUAUCAGCCCUGUGGGAAACAGAAUCACUGUAUUUGACCUUAAAAACAACAAAUCGGACACCCUGCCCCUGGCCACACGGUACAAUGUCAAAUGUGUAGGACUUUCUCCGGACGGCUGCCUCGCCAUCAUUGUAGAUGAAGGGGGCAAUGCUCUGUUGGUCAGCCUGAUCUGCAGAUCGGUGCUCCACCAAUUCCACUUUAAAGGCUCUGUGCACAGUGUGUCCUUCUCCCCCGAUGGCAGGAAGUUUGUUGUUACCAAGGGCAACAUUGCCCAGAUGUACCACGCCCCUGGGAAGAAGCGAGAAUUCAAUGCAUUUGUCCUGGACAAGACCUACUUUGGACCAUACGAUGAGACCACGUGUAUUGACUGGACCGAUGACUCCAGGUGCUUCGUGGUUGGGAGCAAGGACAUGUCCACCUGGGUGUUUGGGGCUGAGCGCUGGGACAACCUCAUCUACUAUGCACUGGGAGGACACAAGGACGCCAUUGUGGCCUGCUUCUUUGAGUCUUGCAGCCUGGAUCUGUACACACUGAGCCAGGAUGGGGCCCUGUGUGUGUGGCAGUGUGACACCCCCCCAGAGGGCCUGCGGUUGAUGGCCCCCCGAGGCUGGAAGGCAGACCUGCUGCAGCGGGAUAAGGAUGAAGACGAUGAUGAGGAUGGGGAGAAAGAGACCACUGUGCGUGGGACCGCCACACCUGCUGAGGAAGAGAGGAAAGGAAAAGUGAAGUACACACGGCUGGCCAAGUACUUUUUCAACAGAGAAGGUGAUUUUAAUAAUCUGACAGCUGCAGCCUAUCACAAGAAGACCCACCUCUUGGUCACUGGCUUUGCUUCUGGAACCUUCCAUCUGCACGAACUCCCAGAGUUUAACCUCAUCCACUCCCUGAGCAUUUCAGACCAGAGGAUCUCAUCCAUUGCCAUCAACAGCACUGGGGACUGGAUCGCCUUUGGAUGCUCAGGGUUGGGGCAGCUGCUGGUAUGGGAGUGGCAGAGCGAGUCCUACGUACUCAAGCAACAGGGCCACUUCAAUAGCAUGGUGACACUGGCCUAUUCACCUGAUGGGCAAUACAUUGCUACUGGUGGAGAUGAUGGCAAGGUCAAGGUGUGGAACAUGCUCAGUGGCUUCUGCUUCAUCACCUUCACGGAGCACUCAAGUGGGGUCACUGAUGUGACCUUCACUGCCACAGGCUAUGUCAUUGUGACCUCGUCCAUGGAUGGGACUGUGCGUGCCUUUGACCUUCACAGGUAUCGCAACUUCCGCACCUUCACGUCCCCACGCCCCACGCAGUUCUCUUGUGUGGCCGUAGACUCCAGCGGUGAGAUUGUCUCUGCUGGCGCCCAGGACUCCUUUGAGGUUUUUAUCUGGUCCAUGCAGACGGGCAGGCUCCUAGAUGUUUUAUCUGGCCACGAGGGGCCCAUCAGUGGUCUAAGCUUCAACCCGGCCAAAUCCGUGCUGGCCAGCACCUCCUGGGAUAAGACAGUACGCCUGUGGGACAUGUAUGACAGCUGGCGGACCAAGGAGACGCUGGCCCUGACUUCCGAUGCGUUGGCUGUGACUUUCCGCCCUGAUGGGGCAGAGCUGGCUGUGGCCACACUAAACUCACAGAUCACUUUCUGGGACCCCGAGAGAGCGGUGCAGACGGGCUCCAUCGAGGGCCGGCAUGACCUCCGAGCAGGCAGGAAGGCGUUGGACAAGAUCACAGCCAAGCAUUCGGCCAAGGGGAAGUCCUUCACCACCCUGUGCUACUCUGCAGACGGCCAGCACAUUCUGGCGGGGGGCCUGUCCAAGUUCGUUUGCAUCUAUCAUGUCAAGGAGCAGAUCCUUGUGAGGAAGUUUGAGAUCUCCUGCAACCUCUCUCUGGAUGCCAUGGAGGAAUUUUUGAACCGGAGGAAAAUGACAGAGUUUGGCAACCUGGCGCUGAUUGAUCAAGACGCCGGGGAGGAGGAUGGGGUUGCAAUACCACUACCAGGUGUAAAGAAAGGUGACAUGAGCUCUCGGCACUUUAAACCUGAGAUCAGGGUGACUUCACUCUGCUUCUCCCCCACAGGGCGCUGCUGGGCAGCCACCACCACCGAGGGGCUGCUCAUCUACUCCCUUGAUGCCCGGAUGGUCUUCGACCCAUUUGAGCUGGACACAAGCAUCACGCCCAGCCGGAUUCGUGCUGCGCUGCGCCAGAGGGAAUUCACCAGGGCCAUCCUGAUGGCCUUCCGGCUCAAUGAGCAGGCACUGGUGCAGGAGGCACUGGAGUCAGUGCCCCAGGAUGAGGUUGAAGUUGUCAGCUCCUCAUUGCCUGAGGUGUAUGUAGAGAAGGUCCUGGAGUUUCUUGCCUCCUCCUUUGAAGUAUCUCGCCACCUGGAGUUCUAUCUCCUGUGGACACAGCAGUUGCUCAUGCAGCACGGACAGAAGCUGAAGUCCAGGGCAGGGACCCUGCUGCCAGCCAUGCAGUUCCUGCAGAAGAGCAUCCAGCGGCACCUUGAUGACCUCUCCAAGCUCUGUGACUGGAACCGUUACAACAUGCGAUACGCUUUGGCCAUGUCCAAGCAGAGGGGUGUGAAGCGGCCCUCAGAGCCACCAGGCAGUGAGGAGGAGGCUGCCACAUCUGAUAAUGAUGAAGAUAGCCUGCACCUGCUUGUGGGAGCAGAAGAAGAGGAAGAAGAAAUGCUGCUAUAG